GCAUAUUAACAGAAAUCAUGGGAUUGGAAAUGAUAGCUGUGGAGAUUGCGGACUAUAUAGUUCUUAAAAAAAUUAUUCUUGUUUUGUUUUGUAUUAUUUUGUUUUGUAAGAUUGUUAGAUACAUGUUCAGUCUUCUCAAAGAAGAGAAAGAACCAAUCACAAUAUUAGUCACCGGUGCAGCAGGGCAAAUUGGAUAUGCUCUUGUUCCAAUGAUUGCAAGAGGGGCAAUGUUGGGCCCAAAUCAACCUAUGAUUCUACACAUGCUUGACAUUGAACCGGCAACAGAAUCCUUAAAAGGGCUGAAGAUGGAACUAAUUGAUGCUGCUUAUCCACUUCUCAGAGGUGUUGUUGCUACUACGGAUGUUGUUGAAGCUUGCAAGGAUGUCAAUAUUGUUGUAAUGGUUGGUGGAUUCCCGCGAAAGGAAGGAAUGGAAAGAAAAGAUGUGAUGUCUAAAAAUGUAUCAAUUUAUAAGGCUCAGGCUUCAGCACUAGAGCAGCAUGCUGCAACAGAUUGUAAGGUACUAGUGGUUGCCAAUCCAGCAAACACCAAUGCUCUCAUUUUGAAAGAAUUUGCUCCUUCAAUUCCUGAGAAAAACAUUACCUGCCUUACACGACUUGAUCACAAUAGAGCAUUAGGCCAAAUCUCAGAGAGGCUAAAUGUUCUUGUUAGUGAUGUGAAAAAUGUCAUUGUUUGGGGCAACCACUCCUCAACCCAAUAUCCAGAUGUCAACCAUGCCACCGUCACUACCAACAGUGGAGAAAAACCAGUUAGAGAAUUAGUUGUGGAUGAUAAUUGGCUAAACAAUGAGUUUAUCACCACUGUUCAACAACGUGGGGCUGCCAUUAUUAAAGCAAGGAAGCAGUCUAGUGCAUUAUCAGCAGCAAGUGCUGCUUGUGAUCACAUACGUGAUUGGGUACUAGGUACUCCUAAGGGAGAAUGGGUAUCAAUGGGAGUAUAUUCUGAUGGAUCUUAUGGUAUCCCAACUGGCCUCAUUUACUCUUUUCCUGUUACGUGUGAGAGAGGAGAUUGGAACAUUGUUCAAGGACUCAAGAUUGAUCAAUUUUCAAGGGAAAAGAUGGACAAAACAGCCCAAGAGCUUAUUGAGGAAAAAACAUUGGCAAAGUCAUGUCUUAAUUAACUACACGUGUUUUCUUGGAAUUAUUCUUCAAUAAUUGUGUCUUUUAACAAAAAGGGAAAACUUAUCUAGUUACCUCUAUCCAAAAAACAAAGGAUAGUUUCAUUCUCUAUCUAAAUUCAUGAUCAAAUUAAUUUAUUUUUAUUGUAUGCUUAUAUGAAAUUUAGUUCCUAAACAAACAAAAGAAAUUGUGUCUGC